GACAGCCAAUCAUGUACUUCUCACAGCGUGACACUGGGGCAGGGGGAGACGACUACGGAAUCCAUUUGGGACAAGACCAUAGAGAAGGAUAGAGGCCUCUAGUGGCAAAACAAGAUAUAUUAGGAUGGGAAGCGCCAUUGAGGGCUUCCACCAUUGUAAUGAAGUCAACUGGGUAGGACUUCCAACUUCAUUGAAUGAUCCCGCCUGGUGACUCUGUUAGCGUCAUGUCCAACCGGACGGAACAGCCAAUCAUGAAGAAGAAAAUGUACUACUUCAAAAUUGAGAUUGACAGCAUCGGCAGGGCAGGCAGACGCAAAAUGGCACAGAUGAGUCAUCUAUCUAGCUUUAUGGACGAGACAAUAGUUACAAGUUCAAAGAGUAAUUUGCAUGGUUUUGAGUCGAGUUUUCUGUGAAAAUGGUAUCCGCGGCGUUUAAAGAAACCCAAUCUCUCUUUACUCCAGUGACGGUUUAUUCUCUGCUGGCCUGCGCCACUCAGUUCGUCGUGGGAUACAUCCUCGCGCAGAUAUGGGGAAGAAAAUGCUCUGGAACUGACAGAUGGGUGCUCGUGUGGCUUUUCUACGACGCAAUUGUUCACAUUACUUUGGAAGGACCCUUUGUUUACAUGUCACUUGUUGGAACCGUGGCAACUUCAGACAAUAUUUUUGCUGAACUUUGGAAGGAGUAUGGAAAGGCAGAUGAGCGCUGGCUCCACUCUGACCCCACCAUCGUCUCCUUGGAGCUGCUGACGGUCGUCCUGGAUGGCAUCCUGGCGCUGGUGCUUGUCUAUGCCAUUGUCAAGGACAAACACUACAGGCACUUUGUCCAGAUCACGUUGUGUGUGUGUGAGUUGUACGGAGGCUGGAUGACCUUCUGUCCAGACUGGCUGGCAGGCAGCCCCAACCUCAACACAAACCACUGGCUCUACUUAUGGAUCUACCUGGUCUUCUUCAAUGGGGUGUGGGUGGUGGUGCCUGGACUGCUGCUGUGGCAAUCAUGGCUGUCACUCAAACGACUUCACCCCUCCUACCAAGCCCCGAAGAAGCAGAAAUAGACAUUAUUUUGUAUGUACAUAGUAGGCAUUGGCACGCCCACUACGAAAAAGCCUGGCUACGCACAAAUAAUAUGCCAUUUAGCAGACAGACAUUAGGUUUAGCAUGUUUUAUUAGUUUAUCAUUAAUAUAAAUAGUGAUGUAUCUGCAAACAAAAAUCUUAGUUUCCCUAGCUAUCUUUCUCCACAGUGUAACAAUACUCUCCAGUCUCCCUUAUAGCAGGCACAUUUAACUGCUGUGAUGUUAAGUGUUAAAUCUCAACCAUGUUGAUCGCACAAUCAAAAUGCCCAAAUAUGGAUCCUGUGCUUAGUUCAUAAUUGGAUUGAGAAUCCUGGCUCUUCCACAAUCAUUGUUCUGUUAUAAUCUGCAUUUCAAAUGGCACCCUAUUCUCUUUAUAGUGUACUACUGCUGAGGUGCUUUAAUUUUGUUCUAGUUUAAGGUAGUGCACUAUAUAGUCAGUAUCUCCGACUUGUCAAGUGUCUCUCACAGAGUGAUAUCUCCACUGACGUGUCUCCUCUCAGCUCUUCUUGAUGAGUUUGGCCACAGAGAGGAAAGCUUGCUGGAGCCCCAUUCCCUUCAGGCCGCUGCAUGCCUGGAUCUGCCAGGCUCGGUCUUUGUAGCUGGGCAGCUCCAGCUGGUUGGACACCUCUCUGAUGUUCAUGGUGUUGGGGAGGUCCUUCUUGUUAGCCAGCACCAUCAGAGGUAUUCCCUUCAUGUUGACGUCGGACAGAACAUUCUUCAGAGCCUUCUGAGCAUCCCCUAUACUGGCCCGGUCACUACUGUCCACCACGAACACCAUAGCCUUACAGCCCUCCAGGUGGUGUCUAGCUAAUGACAUUGCAAUUUUAGCAAGUCAUUAGUUGAGGAUAAAAGGUUAUUCUAUUCCAAUACUCUAGCAACCUGAUCAUGGGACCGGAGACAGAAUGUGCAUUUAUUUGUUCUAGACUUUUAACUGUCACACCUGAUUAAACUACACUGAACAAAAAUAUAAACUCAA